AUGACAGAGGACAAGAAUCUCACUCCGUUUUCCAUAGCGGACAUACUCAAAAGCGACGACCGGACGGCCCUCGAUGGAGAAGCCGCGGCGGCACCUGCUGCACGUCGCGCCAAGAACUGCGCCGACGGAGCGCUGGACAUGACCAACAACAAAUGCGCCAACAAAAAAGGAAGUGGGUCUAAAAUGGUUAACCUUUGUCCGCUUAUAAACCGCUGUCCAUCAUGA